AUGUCGCGGACAACUUGCAGCUGCCCCCCAAAGAAGUGUUUCCAAGGCACUUGUGACUGUUUAAUAGGGAUUGAGUUAUGCUAUUCGGGAUGCAACUGCGGUGGUGACUGCCAGAACGGCUUAUCUCUUGGAACAAUCAACCUGGCUGCUGCCCAAGGUACCACCCCAACGGUUGCCUCUGGCUCUUCUGCUGCCCAAGAUACUGCUCAAACGCAACCGCUUGCCCCGAGCUCUUCUACUGCCCAAGGUAUCGCUCAACCACAUCCACUUGCCCCGAGCUCUUUUACUGCGGCCGUGCCGAAGCCAGAGGCAGUUGGUGAGCUGGUGAAGUGCAACUGCAGCUUUACCAAAUGCCUAAACUGCCAAUGCAGAUGUUUCAGGGAGGGUUUGAGUUGCGUUAUGGGACGUUGCAAGUGCUAUGACUGCGAGAACAACCCAAAUUGGCUGGCCGACGAGGAUUAUGUGGAGUGCGCGUGCAAAACCAAAAAUUGCAAAACCAGAGUCUGCGGUUGCAACAAGAAACUGAAAGGGUGUAACCCAAAUUGCACGUGCAUAGGGUGUGAGAAUCAGUACGGGAUGAAAGGGGCUGAUAAGUCCAAUGCUGGACCGGGAGGUACGGGUGGCACAAGUGACGCCGGAGGCUCGGGUUCCAACAAGCAAAUAAGAAUCGGGUGA